AGCCAGCGGUGACAGCGUGAUAGCGCAGCCAUGGGCUCCCUGCUGAGCAGCGACAGCUCCAAGUCUGCGCCCGCCUCCGCCGCCCCACGGCCCCUGGAGCGCAGCGGUGACACCGAGCUGCCCAUCACCUCCUUCGACUGCUCGGUGUGCCUGGAGGUGCUACAUCAGCCUGUCCGGACCCGCUGUGGCCACGUGUUCUGCCGAUCCUGUCUUGCAACCAGUAUAAAGAAUAAUAAGUGGACAUGUCCAUACUGCCGGGCAUACCUUCCUUCAGAGGGAGUGCCAGCAACUGACAUAGCCAAAAGAAUGAAGUCAGAGUACCAGAGCUGUACCGAGUGUGGGACCCUGGUUUGCCUCAGUGACAUGAGGACACACAUAAGGACUUGUGAGAAGUACAUCGAUAAAUAUGGGCCACUGCAAGAACUUGGCGAGACAACAGCAAGGUGUGUAUGUCCAUUCUGUCAGAGGGAACUGGAUGAAGACUCUUUGCUAGAUCAUUGCAUCAUCCACCACAGAUCAGAAAGGAGGCCUGUGUUCUGCCCGCUUUGCCAUUUACUACCUAACGAGAGCCCAAGUACCUUCAAUGGCAGCUUAAUUAGACAUUUGCAAGUCAGGCACACUUUGUUUUAUGAUGAUUUCCUAGAUUUUGAUAUAAUUGAGGAAGCCCUUAUCCGAAGAGUGUUAGACCGAUCACUUCUUGAAUAUGUGAAUCACUCAAACACCACAUAAUUUUAUAAGUAGCAAGGGAUGAUUCACUUGUGUCACUUAAGAUGUUGCCUGAAGGACUGGAGGGAAAUUGCCAAUGCGUGAUGAUGAAAAAUGUACUACAGUGUUACACGAUUGUCUUUGUUACGUUGCAUUCAAAACCUGCUUUCAUUCUGGUUUAGAUCUGCCUUUACAUUCUUAGACAUUUAACCACAGGCAGUAGUCUCCAUAAGCUAUUAACAGAUGGAAGAGACACAGACUGAGUAUGUGAUGGAGAAGCCCCGCAUGCACAUUAGUGAUACCGUGCUAGGCAAGAUAACCAAUCUCUGUUCUACGCAAAAGAAUGGACCAAAAUAUGGACAUUAAAGGAAAUCUGAAAUGUAUUCAAAUCCUGAUACUCUACCCAAUAAAAGAAUGUGAAUGAUCUUACAUGAAAGAAAGAAAAGAAUUUGAAGUCAACAGAAUCGAUUUUAACCAAAUUACAGUACAUAAUAUUAUAAGAAAUUUUGUGUUUGGAAUGUGUACUUAGGUGGGCAUGGGAGGCGGAAGGGUCAGAAGUGCAAGGCCAACCUUGGUUAAUGAGACCAUAAAAACAUUAAAAAACUGAAAAAAGAAAUUUAUGUGGACUUAACUAUUGACAUACCAUAUAUGCACAUAUAUAAAUUUGAUAGAAUAUUUUUCAAAUAUUCGUACCUUAUUAUUUAGAAGUAUUUUAUAAUAUAGGUGAUUUCUUAAGACCUAUCUGUUGAUAUUUAUGGUUGAAAUUUUCACAUUGGUAAUUUUGAGUGGAACUCCCAAGUUUUGUUUUUAAUUUUAACAUCUUAAAAAGUAUAAAAUAAAGCACACAUACAAAAAAACAGAUACAAAAUGUAUAGUUUAAUGUGUUAUUAUAAGAAACAUUAUUGCUCAUGGAUGAGGUCAUGUGUAUGCCUGGGAGGCAAAGCAUAAUUAGUUGCAGGCCUUCUUGGGCUAUAGUGUGAGACCCUGUCUCAAAACCAAAGAAGCAAAAGCAUUAUGAAUUCAUGUAACAUCUAUGAAUGGACCUUCAUCCAUUACAAACAUCACUUUAUUGAGGUUCAACUUCUCUCUCUUUUUUUUUUUUUUUUUUUUUUUUUUGGGCCAUUCCUCAAAGGUUGGCUGAGUUGAACAUUUUGUUGCCUUCCUUGCUGAUUCCUACAGCAAAAUCCUCCAUGCGGAGUUUGUGUUUGCUACUAUGGCUCUAAAAUCACCAGCUAGCUUUCUUUCUGUGCAGAAUGGUGUUUGAAAGCAAAAUCCAAAGCUGGGGAUGUAGCCCAUGUCUGUCAGGAGUUUCUGUUCAAGUUCUUUCCCAGAUACAUAGCAAGUCUAAGGACAGCCUAGGCUACACAAGACCUUUUUAAUUCCAGAUGAAGGCUCUAAGGAUAGCCACUGUUGUUAAGAUGGGCAUUGUUUCAAGGAGAGAUUGAGGAAACAGCUGUAUGUUUGCUUAAAGAUAGAACAGGCUGGUUGGUGGUCAUGGUAGCCCAGGAUGGCUGCUAACUUGGGACCCUCUUGCUUCAGCCUCCUGUGUGAGCAUACAGGUGUGUCCCCCAUGCCUGGCAGUUAUUCCCCAUUUUCAAAAUCACUUUUACUCUGCCAACAUUUUUUUUAUAUUCUACUCUCUCCCUCUUAUCCCCCCCCACCCUAUUUAUUCUUCAAGUAAUAUAUAUCAUCACUGGAGUUUUUCACAUGUGAUACCUUUUUCUUUUUGGUUUUAUGAAAUAGGGUUUCUUUGUAGCUUUGGAGCCUGUCCUGGAACUUGCUCUGUAGACCAGACUGGCCUCAAACUCACUGAGAUCUGCCUGCCUCUGCCUCCUGAGUACUGGGACACAUUUGAUUCUUCAAUGACACUUUCAGGACACUGAUUAGAAUUUCCAUCUUGACAUGAAAAAUGUAACAAAGACUUUGACCAUCGGCUCCUGAGGGUGAAAUGUUAUUUGACUUAAAGUUAGCUAGCGGGCUGGUGAGAGGGCUCAGUAGGUAAAGAUGCUGCUGCCAAGCCUGACAAUCUAAGUUUGAUCUCUGUGACCCACAUUUGUGAAAAGGAACUCCCACACACAAAUAAACAUAACACAAAUUAAAUUGUAAUAAUUUGUAAGUGUCAUUCAUUGCACAUAAACAUUGUCAUAACCAUGGUGCAUGGCACCUUCCCCCUUUUUUUGAGACAGGUUCUCAAUAUGUAUCCCUGGCUGUUCUGGAACUGUGUAGGGCAGACUGCCCUUGAACUUUAAGUGACCUUCCUGCAACCUCCUAACGCUGAGAUUUAUAUGUGAUCCACUGGUUUCUAAACUUUCUUUAAUGAAUUUUCCGUGACUGCUUUGAUAUUGUUACUGUUUUCCCACCGAGGACAAGGUCACUUAGGAGAUAUAAAGCCAGGCAGGAAAAAGGCUUCAGGACAUCUCUUUCAUUCAUUCAUUAAUCAUUUGGUGGUAGAUUAAAUCCAGGAAGUGGUGUGCAUCAGGCCAGUGCUGACCCAGGAAGUGAUGUACACCUGGUCUGUUAAUUUAGAGCCAUCAAGUUGUUACACCUCUAAGUUUAAAAGCCCUGGGGUGGUUAAGAGCCCUGGCUGCUCUUCUCCGAUGCUGGUUCAAUUCUAGCAACCACAUGGUAGCUUACAACUGUAACUCCAGCUCCAGGGCAUCCAACAACCUCACCCAGACAUAUAUGUAGGCAAAACACCAAUGCAAAUACAAAAAAAAAAAUAAAUAAAUAAAUAAACAUUGACAAAAAAAAAAAAAAAAAAAAAAAAACCAAGACAACCUAUCUUGGAUAACCAAGAUAGCUCAGCAGGUAAAAUGCUCUCUGCAGUUCUGGCCCCUGAGUUUGUCUGAGUCUGUCUGAGCUCCAGCAGCUCAUGGUGGAAGGGAGGACUCAGGAAAGUAGUCUUUUUUCUCCUGCACAUGCACUGUGGCAUGCUGGUGUGGCAUGCCCAUGCUCACAUCUGCACACAUAAAAAUAAGUGGAGGCGAGGCUGAAGAGACGGUGACUCAGCAGUUCGGUGUUUGCUGCUCCGUCAUGAGGUCCUUGGUCCCAGCACCCAUAUGGGAAAGACAGCUCACUCCAGCUCUUCUGGCUUCCGCUGAUACUUGAGAACACAAGUGUGUGAGCAUAUGCACAUACACACAUACAAUACUUAAAACUAAUAAUAAUAAUAAAAAAAAACCCAACAGCUGAAUUACAAAUAGGGCAUGGUAACUCAAGUCUGUAAUCCCAGCACUUGGGAAGUAGAGACAAAAAGAUGAGAUGCCAGCCUCAGCUACAUAGCAAGUUUAGACCAGCUUGGGGGUUAUAUGUAACUGUCUCAAAAACCAAAACCCUGUGUUGUAAGUACUAAGUUGAAGUCAUGCAUUAUUAACAGUGCAUGGACAGCCUUGUCUGUUUGCUUGCUUUUUUUUUUCUUUUUAAUUUUGCCACCUAUAGGAUAAAUUCGGUGCUGGCCGCCUGAGUUAUUUUGUGUUCUGAAUUGCUGCAGUUUGAAAGUGACAUGCAAAUAUCCUUUCACUGUGCUUUAUCUUUUUAUAGAGUCUGUAAUUCAUUGCUUUAAAAAGUAAAAACUGGUAUUCAAAGUUAUUGAUUACCAAUAAAAUUCUUUUGUGUGCUUUUUUUGUAAAUACUGCCUUAUAAUACAACUUUAUCAAUGAAAAAAAAUCAAUAUUUCAAUAAUUCUAAAACUAAGUUCUAAACCGCAUAGGAAGUGGAUUGACUGUGGAUCAGUGGUAAAGAGUUAAAGAGUUAGUGCUCCUAACUAUGGUAAUGUUGGUUCCCUACUGUUACUGGGUAUUAUGUGUGUUUCAUUUCAAAGAGAGCUUACUCCAAUUUUUGAAUGUUUAUCAUGAUAAUUUGUAUGCUCAUACAUUGAAGAUAUUUUUAAGUACUAAGAGAUUCAUUCUUUUAUUGUUCGAAUGUAAAAAGAACUUCUGAUCAGAACUUAAAAUGUAUAAUUCUUUUUCUUUUGAAAACUGUAUUAUUAUGAAAAAUAAAGAAUGGCAGGACCAUUGUUUUCAUUAAGAUA